AUCGGCGCAUUUUUCACUGCUGCUUGCCCACGCCAGCAAAGACCUUGCUCGUCGCCGUCGUCGUGUGUUCGCUGUGGGGCCCAUUGGCAUCUUUGUAUGUUACUCGUCGUACAUUUUGUUCUUCGUCUGAGUUAUUGACCCCUCCCAAGCGAGACUUUGCCAAAUACUCUUGCAAGUUGCAAUUAAAUUUUUUUUUUUUCAAUUCAUAAUCGCAACAUCUAAGACAUUUGUUUAAAGUGCGCGUUUUUUUUGUUUUUGUUUUUUUUUUGUGAAGUGCAGUUUUCGUGCUACUUGAACGUGUGGACUAUUCGAAAUGGAACGCGAUGAUUGUGCUUUGAAUCUCAUCGAGAAAAAUAACCGGCAUGGCGGCGCUGGUGGUGGAGUGGUCAUUGUGCCAGCUGGCGGCAGCAGUCCACAAAGCAGCAGCGGCGGCGGCAAUGUUGCGGCCACUGUUGCUCCCGUGAGCAUCCUAAAGGCGCAAAUUGUGCCGGCACAGCCGAAAACAUUGCAACACUUGCCCAAACGUCCGGCGGUCGACUUGGCAUUCCACGAUCUCACAUAUCGCGUGAAGGAGGGCAAUCGCAGCAAUGCCAAGACUAUACUCAAAGGCGUCAGUGGUCGCUUGCGCUCCGGCGAGCUUACAGCUAUCAUGGGACCAUCCGGUGCUGGGAAAAGUACCUUGCUCAAUAUACUCUCCGGUUACAAAACAACGAACAUCGAAGGUGUCGUCACGAUGAAUGGACGCGAACGUAAUUUGAGUAUUUUCCGCAAAUUAUCCGCUUACAUUAUGCAGGAUAAUCAAUUGCAUGGCAAUUUAACCGUUCAGGAGGCGAUGACUGUAGCAACGAAUUUGAAAUUGAGCAAGAAAUUCACAAAGGCGGAGAAGAACUCAAUGAUCGAUGACAUUCUACUCACACUUAGCUUGAGCGAACAUCGCAAUACUCUAACACGCAAUCUAUCUGGCGGCCAAAAGAAACGUCUCUCCAUCGCUCUGGAACUUGUCAGCAAUCCACCGAUUAUGUUCUUCGAUGAGCCUACUUCUGGGCUGGACAGCUCCACUUGCUUCCAAUGCAUACACUUGCUCAAGAUGUUGGCCGCUGGCGGACGCACCAUCAUUUGUACCAUUCAUCAACCAUCAGCACGUCUCUUCGAAAUGUUCGAUCAACUGUAUACGCUAGCCGAUGGCCAGUGUGUCUAUCAGGGUAGCACCAAGCAGUUGGUGCCAUUCCUCUCGACGCUCGGCUUGGAAUGUCCCAGUUACCACAAUCCGGCGAGUUAUGUUAUCGAGGUUGCCUGUGGCGAACAUGGCGAUCACACGCGCAAACUGGUCGAAGCCAUUGACAAUGGCAAGAAGGACAUACGCACCGUUGCUGAUUACGAGGGACUAAAAAUGCGCAAUGAUUUGGUAAAAGUACACAAUUUAAAGACAAUGUUGGAUAAGAACGCCACGACGAAUACGGCGAGCGGUGGUAAAUAUGAGGAAAAUCUAACGCUCAACAAUGGAAUUUUAAAUGGCAAUCUGGUGAAUGAUAUCGUAAAGAAUUCGAAUGUAUCGGCGGCUGCAGCGUCUUCAAGUAGUGUUGCUGUGCCAGUGGUGUGCACAAAUGAGAAGGGUGAUGCGAUAGUUGAUGUUGAAAAGGCGGAUAAUUGUACAACGGCACUACUGUCGGAGGAGAUUACUUCGCCGGAACGUUAUCCCACAUCGCAAUUCCAUCAGUUCUGGGUUGUGUUACGGCGUACGUUGCUCUUCAGCUAUCGCGAUUGGACUCUUAUGUACUUGCGUUUAUUUGCUCAUUUGUUGGUUGGCUUCCUUAUUGGCGCACUCUACUAUGACAUUGGCAAUGAUGGCGCUAAAGUUUUGAGCAAUCUGGGUUUCCUGUUCUUCAAUAUGUUGUUCUUGAUGUACACUUCGAUGACCAUAACGAUUCUGUCAUUCCCUCUUGAGAUGCCGGUGUUGCUUAAAGAGAACUUUAAUCGUUGGUACUCGCUCAAAUCCUACUAUCUGGCCAUUUCGGUUGCUGAUCUUCCCUUUCAAGCAAUAUUUUGCGUCGUCUACGUGAGCAUCGUCUAUUAUUUCACCUCCCAACCAUGGGAACUCUUCCGCUAUGCAAUGUUCUUAUCCGCUUGCUUGAUGAUCGCAUUUGUUGCUCAAUCGGUGGGUCUGGUUGUUGGUGCAGCCAUGAAUGUGCAGAAUGGUGUGUUCUUGGCGCCCGUCAUGUCUGUGCCAUUCCUGCUCUUCUCCGGCUUCUUCGUUUCCUUCGAUGCGAUACCCAUCUAUCUGCGCUGGAUUACCUACCUGUCGUACAUCCGCUAUGGUUUCGAGGGCACCGCUUUGGCCACUUAUGGCUACAGCCGCGAGAAACUAAAGUGCUUCCAGACCUACUGUCACUUCAAGUCGCCACUUACCACGCUGGAGGAAUUGGAUAUGGUCGAUGCUAACUUCACACUCGAUAUUGUUGCACUGGUCGUUAUUUUUGUGGUUUUGCGAAUUUCCGCAUAUCUCUUCUUGCGCUGGAAGCUGCGAACGGCACGAUAAGUGUGGAAAAGUGAAUUGGAUUACGCUUUAGACUAAUUUUGUUUUUUGUAUUUCUAUGAUGCCUUUAUGAUUUCUUGUGCUUAGAUCGUUUUUAAGUAUUGAGAGUUCUUUGGCUAGAUGUUUUUCUAUAUAUAUACACACACACACACACACACACACUAUUUACUAAGUGAUAAUAACUAUAUGUAUAUGUAUGUAAACGAAAAGUGAUGUAUAAAUUUUUGAUAAGCAUAAACUUAGGUUAAAUUUUACUAGCUGUGUGGAAUGUGGGUUAAAAGAUUAUAAUUGACAAAAAAAAUAUAUAUAUCUAAAUAAACAACAGCAGACACGCAUAUUGAGGGGGGGGGAGCAUAAAUUCCAAAAAAAAAAAAAAAAUAUAAAUAUUUAUGCUCACCCAAAGCCAAUUUUUACAAAAUAUUGAAAGCAAAAUAAUGAACAAAUGUUAGGCAUAAACAAUGUACAACAUAUAUCAUUAGAAUAAGCAUUGAAUACUUUGUAUAUAUAUACAUGUUUAGAAAAUAUAUAAAUUAUAAAUUUUUUUUUUUAUCAAAUUGCGAAUCAGAGCUAAAAUCACAAACAAAAUGUAACUGCAAAUAUAAGUAAUGUAAACAAAAAAAAAGAAAAAACAACAAC